AUGGCAAAAAAAAAAGAACAACUUCUGCAUUUUAUUGAUGCAUACAGAAGUUUACCAGAAUUGUGGGAUAUAGAAUGCCCUUCAUAUUCAAAUCGGUUAAAAAAAGCAGCAGCGUACGAUGUUUUAAUUGAAAAGCUUAAACCUCUGGAGCCUGAUGCGGUUCGUGAUAGUGUAGUUAAAAAAAUUAACAACCUUCGAUCAACUUUUCGGAAAGAAUUGAAGAAGGUAAACGACUCAAAAAGAUCCGGCGCGGGAAGCGAAGAUGUAUAUGUUCCAAGCCUCUGGUACUUUAACGAAUUAAUGUUUUUGGUAGACCAGGAAACUCCAGACACGAGUGAAUCAACAUUUGCAGUGGAUAAUGAAAACAGCCAGGAUUCGGUAAGUGAAAGGACUCUUUAA